AUGAUUGCCACCACAUACAUUCUUAAGCGCUUCCGCCGCGAGGUGCAGACAUCGGAGAUGUUCUCCACCGCCGGUAGGUCCGCCAAGAGCGGUCUCGUCGGCUCGGCUGUCGUGUCCUCGUGGACGUGGGCCGCGACCCUUCUCCAGAGCACCGGUGUCUGCUACCGGUACGGCGUCUCGGGACCCUUUUGGUACGCCUCCGGCGCCACCGUGCAGAUCUUGCUGUUUGCGACCCUGGCCAUCGAGUUGAAGAGGAGGGCACCCAAUGCGCACACAUUCCUGGAGGUUAUCAAGGCGAGGUAUGGCACUGCUGCCCAUGCCGUUUUCAUCGUCUUUGGCCUCGUUACAAACGUUUUGGUUACUCUGAUGCUACUGACUGGUGGAAGCGCCACCGUCAACGCGCUUACGGGUGUUCCUACUGUCGCUGCCAUCUUCCUCCUACCCCUAGGUGUGACGAUGUACACGUUGAUCGGAGGUCUCAAGGCCACUCUUUUGACUGAUUACAUCCACACCCUCAUGAUGUUGAUCAUCAUCAUCAUGUUUGCUUUCACCGUCUACUCCACAUCGGACCUUUUGGGUAGCCCGGCCAAGAUGUACCAGCUUCUCAAGGAAGCCAGCGAGGCUCAUCCUGUGGAGGGUAACGAGCAGGGUAGCUACUUGACCAUGCGAUCGAGCAACGGUAUCAAGUUCUUCAUCAUCAACAUUGUCGGCAACUUCGGAACCGUCUUCCUUGACAACGGCUACUACAACAAGGCUAUUGCUGCUAGCCCUGUCCAUGCUUUCCCUGGCUAUGUCAUCGGCGGUAUCUCUUGGUUCCCCGUGCCCUUCUUGACGGCCACCACCAUGGGUCUCGCCGCCCUCGCGCUCGAGUCCAACCCCAUCUGGCCGACCUACCCCAACCGCAUCCCCGAGGCCGAGGUGUCUGCUGGCUUGGCCCUACCCUACGCCGCCAUUGCCCUCCUCGGCAAGGGAGGCGCUGCUGCGACACUCCUUUUGGUUUUCAUUGCCGUCAUCUCCUCUUUCAACUCGGAGCUGAUUGCCGUGUCCUCCAUCCUGACGUAUGAUGUCUACCGCACCUACAUCAACCCCAACGCCAGUGGCAAGCGCCUCAUCACCAUCUCCCACGCCGUCGUGAUUAUCUACGCCCUCGUGGCUGCCGGAAUCUCCGUCGGUCUCUACUACAACGGUGUGAGCAUGGGCUACCUCUACGUGCUCAUGGGCGUGCUCAUCUCCGCCGCCGUCCUUCCCGCCACCCUCACCCUCGUCUGGAACGGCCAGAACAAGUGGGCCGCCGCCCUGUCGCCGCCCAUUGGCGCGGCCAUGGCCAUCACCGCCUGGCUCGUCACUGCCAAGAAGACGUGCGGCCAGCUCGACGUUGCCUGCACGGGCCAAAACGACCCCAUGCUCGCCGGCAACGUCACUGCCUUGCUGUCGCCUGCGCUCCUGAUUCCCGUAUUCACCCUCAUCUUUGGUCUCGCCAAGUAUGACUGGCAAUCUAUGCUCCAGAUCCGCAAGGCCGACGACGUUGACGAGAAGGGAGAGGUGAUUAUGAACCCGAACGAUGUCGUUGCUGGCGACGAGGAGGCGAGGUUCCAGGAUGAGCAGAAGAUGCUGAAGCGGGCUCUUCGCAUCGCCGUGAGCAUCACCAUCUUUAUGACUAUUGCCCUUCUCAUCCUCUGGCCUCUCCCCAUCUAUGGAAGCCGCUAUGUCUUUAGCCAGUCCUUCUUCACCGGCUGGGUUGUUGUCGCCAUUAUCUGGAUUUUCAUCUCGCUGGCUCUCGUAGGAAUCUACCCUCUUUGGGAGGGCCGACACACGAUCAUGAGGACUAUUAGGGCCAUUACCAAGGGCGGCGAGCCUCCGGUAGGCGGCAUCAUUGUGCAGGAGUCCCGGAGAGCACCUCCGCGUCUGGGACUGCGACCCCUACUAAGAAGGGAGAUCAGUAAUGGAGACUCAUAUAAGAGGUAG